AUGGCGCAACCGACGUCAACACCAACGACACAGUCCUCAACCAGCUGGGUCGACUGCUACUCCGAAACCUUCGCUCGUCGCGCCUUAUCCUCGGACCCGGCCGUGCGCGGUAACAUCGAGCAUUUCCUCGAGCACGGCUACGUGGUCAUCCCCAGGUGCUUCAGCGCGGACGAGGCCGGCGAGGCCCGCGACGAAAUCGCCGUUGGACGCCUCUGUCAAAAUGGCCAGAAGAGCUGCUUGGGGGUAUAUCCUCUCUGCUCGAUCUCUACUCGACCUCUACUCGACCUCUGCUCAAUCUCAUCCUCUCUGCUCGAUGUCAUCCUCUCUGCUCGAUCUCAUCUUCUUCACUCCAUCUCAUCCUCUCUCCUCGAUCCUCUUCUGCUUCAUCCUCCUCUGCUCGACCUUCCUCUGCUCGAUCUUCCUCUACUUAAUCUCUACUCUACCUCUACUCGACCUCAUCCGCUCUGGUCGAUCUCGUCCUCGCUGCUCGAUCCUUGUCUUGUCGAUCCUCUUCUGCCCGACCCUCCUCUGGUCUGUCCUCCUCUGGUCGAUCCUUAUGUUGUCGAUCCUCCUCUGCUCGAUCCUCCUCUGCUCGAUCUUGUCCUUUCUGCUCGAUCUCGUCCUCUCUGCUCGGUCCGACGGAGAACCGACCACCCCUUCCGAAUCCCAUACCCCGAAUGUGCGGAAGUCGCCUGCUUCGACAAGACGGGGACGUUGACCGGCGAGGAUCUCGUCGUUGACGGUAUUGCCGGUCUUAGCUUGGGAAAGAAGAGUGUCCAAAACGAAGCAAGCGGAUGGUGCGCAGUCCUCAGUCAGCAAGGUCCCAGACUGCGGCAUUCAUAUCAUACUACACUGGUUUUUACAGCCGCUCACGCCUUGAUCAAAACUGAACUGGAGGAAAGGGACAUUGUUAGUGAUCCUAUGGAAAAGGCCACAACCGCUCACGCCUUGAUUAAACUAGAGGAAGGGGAUAUUGUCGGUGAUACUAUGGAAAAGGCCACACUCGAGGCUCGAAACUGGACCUUUGACCUCGACGACGCUUUGAUCAGCACUCCCCGAGGUCCAGGGGGUCGGAGCUAG